AUGGGCGAGCUGGAGAGAGACGAUGCUCCUACUCCAAUAACCAAAGUCUCGAAUGCCCCGUCCACCCUGAUUGUCGAUACUCAGCCUGAUCAAGUAGCGCCCCCAAAACCCGACGGUCUCCUCUCCCCUGCGUCUAUUCUGAAGAAAGGAGGUUCGGGUGUUGAGACUCCAACGACGGAGGCCCCGGAGUCACCCAGCAGCAAUGGAGUACCGAUUUUGAGAUCGCCAGGCCCGACGCCUUUGGUAGAGAAUGGGACCAUUUACGACAAUCUACUGCCGCCGCUCCCCCCCUUUGCGAAUGACCAGCGAUCCGGCGAGAGAUCCGGUGCCGACCCCAACGAUCCCAACACACAAGAUGCAGCCUCAAGGAAGAGUGUACAGUUUGCUCGACUAGAUGUUCCUGAGAUGCCAAUGCACACACGGCAUGAAUCUCUGGAGGGGAUGGAUUUCAUCAAGGCCAAGUCUGGGUCAUCAUUCAUGUCCAAGAUCAAGGCUAUGGCCACUGGUUCGCCUCUGCCAACACCAAAAUCUGCCGUUCCAUCUGUCGACUUCCCUGCGAGUCCAUUAUCUACGAUGAGACCUGCAAGUCAACGUGCGCCCUCGGUAGCUGAAGCUACAUCUGACGUGGAUGCAGACGCGGAGGAGACGGCAGAUGAGAGUAAUAUACCGGGAGUUGAGCAAGACAAGAAAAAGAAAAAGAAGCAAAAGCGCAGACUAAGGCGGUAUCGUCCUGGUGAAAGAUCAGCACCGUCCACUCCCAAACGGACUGGUCACGAUACGGAGCUCAUUGGGAGGACAGAGCGCUUCCUCCGACGUCGAGCCAGCAUGCCCGAUACCUCGUUACGAGAUCAUGCCAUGUCAGAAGACGAAGCUCGAGUUACUGGGCGGGCAUCGACCUGGAGACGAGGUUUUGGUGGGCGCGCUGUCGGUGAUGAGCAGCCUGAUGCCGAGAACUCAGCAAUCGUGGCGCGAAGAAGGGGCCAUAUACGACGAAGUACCGUAUUCGGUGGAGGUACCGGCGGUGGAGGUGUUUCGGAUGGAGAUGCUAUCGUCACUAAGCGCCCCCGUCUGACGCAGGCUUCGACUUACGGAGCACACAAGUGGAAGCAAGUGAAGAAUACUUUGAAACUUCUCCGCCAGAAGAAAGAGGACCGUGUUGACUAUUACAAGUCGGCCGAACUUAUGGCGGAACUGCGGGCUGGAGCUCCCGCUGUGUUGAUGUUGGCUAGUAUGAUUCAGCGUGACGAGCAUGGCAACAAGCGUAUUCCCGUUCUUCUCGAGCAACUGAAGCUCAACAUCAAAGACAGCACUCCUGAUCCCGAUGAUGACAGUGACCGCCAUUGGAUAUUCACCAUCGAGCUCGAGUAUGGCAGUGGACCAAGCAGAAUGAGCUGGACAGUCAUUCGUACGAUUAAAGACAUUUAUAAUCUGCAUUUCCGUUACAAGUUCGCCCUGCGAAACGAGAAGUACAUGUCGGCAGGGCUUAGCUUCGGACCCCGCUUGAAACAGCCCAAGUUUCCUUAUUCUGCCUUCCCUUACCUUCGAGGAGCUCGCAAAGAGGGAGAGAGCAGUGACUCGGAUCAAGGGAGCGCUGCCGGCGACGAAACUAAUGGCGAAGGGGCUGGCGGCGAGCGCUUGACGCAAGAAGGUGGAAACGCAACCUUGAGUGAAGCAGAGGGAUUUCCAAUGACACCAAGACGCAAAUCUAGGGGCAAUCUACUGGGGAUGCGGCGACGGUCAACGGGCAUGACCGAGCCUGGCGAUGUUUCGAAUAACGAAGGACAACCCCUGGACCACGCUACGCGGAGACAGCGAUAUAUCGAGAAGCAGCGGCGUAUCCUGGAAAAGUAUCUGUCAGAAAUGAUCCGAUGGCUCAUGUUCAGAGCUGAUAGCAAUCGUCUGUGUCGAUUCCUCGAGCUGUCUGCCCUGGGUGUUCGUCUUGCAGCAGAGGGCAGCUAUCAUGGAAAAGAAGGCUACCUCCACAUCCAGUCUGCCAAAGGCCUCGAUUUCCGCCGUGUUCUGACGCCAGCAAAAGUCAUAUCGCGCCAUAGCCGGAAAUGGUUCUUGGUCCGUCAGAGUUAUAUUGUUUGCGUUGAAUCGCCAGAGAACAUGAACAUUUACGACGUCUACCUGGUAGAUUCGAAAUUCAACAUCGUUUCUAAGAGGAACACCUUGAAGAAGACGAUCCGAGACAGCCAGAAAACCAAGGUGAUUGACCUCACAGCAGAACCCCAAUUGGAGAAGCAUCAUACCUUGACUCUCCAAACAUCAGAGCGGCAGGUGCGCCUCUUCUCGGGCAACCAAGCUGUCAUGAGGCAAUUUGAAGAAUCCAUCAACGAGAUGCUGCGCCAGACUUUGUGGUUCCAACAGAAGCGAUUUGACAGUUUUGCCCCUGUACGAACGGGGGCCUUCGCCCAAUGGUUGGUAGAUGGUCGUGACUAUAUGUGGAAUGUCUCUCGGGCGAUUAAUAUGGCCAAGGAUGUGAUCUAUAUCCAUGACUGGUGGCUGAGCCCAGAACUGUACAUGCGCCGACCGGCUUGUAUCAGCCAGAAAUGGCGUCUCGACAGACUGUUGCAGAAGAAGGCACGGGAAGGUGUCAAGGUUUUUGUCAUUAUAUACAGAAACGUUGAGGCUGCCAUUCCCAUCGAUUCAGAGUACACAAAAUUCUCCCUCCUCAAUCUUCACCCCAACAUCUUCGUCCAAAGAUCGCCCAAUCAGUUCAAGAAGAACCAGUUUUUCUUCGCUCACCACGAGAAGGUCUGUGUCGUGGAUCAUGAUGUGGGAUUCGUCGGAGGAAUCGACUUGUGCUUUGGUCGAUGGGAUUGCCCCCAGCAUCCGCUUGCUGAUGAUAAGCCAACUGGCUUCGAGCCGUCCGAAUUGCCCAAAGAUGCAGAGCAUUGCCAAUUGUUCCCUGGAAAGGACUACUCAAACCCUAGAAUCCAGGACUUCGUCCGUUUGAAUCUGCCAUAUGAAGAAAUGUACGAGCGUAGCAAGACUCCUCGCAUGCCGUGGCAUGAUGUUUCUAUGCAGGUUGUUGGCCAGCCGGCGCGGGAUCUCACUCGUCACUUUGUCCAGCGAUGGAACUACUUGCGACGGGGCCGGAAGCCUACUCGCCCUCUCCCUUUCCUUCUCCCACCUCCAGACGCCAAAAUGGAAGAACUCGAAGCUCUGGGGCUCACAGGCACAUGCGAAGUCCAAAUCCUUCGGUCAGCUACCACCUGGUCACUUGGUAUCGAGCAAACGGAGCAUAGCAUCCAGACUGCCUACCUGAAGAUGAUUGAAGACUCUGAGCAUUUUAUCUACAUAGAAAACCAAUUCUUCAUCACCAGCACCGAGAUGGAUGGCACGCGGAUAGUGAACCGGAUCGGUGACGCCCUCGUGGAGCGUAUCGUGAGGGCCCACCAGAAUGGAGAAGAAUGGCGAUGUGUCAUCGUCAUGCCCUUGCUUCCCGGAUUCCAAAAUACCGUUGAUGAGCAGGAAGGAACCAGUGUCCGUAUGAUUAUGAUGAGCCAGUUCCGCAGUAUAUGUCGAGGUGACUCGUCCAUUUUUGGACGUCUCCGGGCCGUUGAUAUUGAACCUGAGGACUACAUCAAUUUCUACUCGCUUAGGCAAUGGGGUAUUAUCGGCAACGACACUCUGUCUACGGAACAACUGUAUAUUCACGCCAAGACUAUCAUUGUGGACGACCGUGUGGCUCUUAUCGGAUCUGCAAACAUCAAUGAGAGAUCUAUGCUUGGCACGAGAGAUUCUGAAUGCGCAGCCAUUGUUCGAGACACUGACAUGAUAUCAUCGACGAUGGCUGGUAAACCAUACCUUGUUGGUAGAUUCGCCCACACUCUGCGUCUACGACUCAUGCGUGAGCACCUGGGGUUGGAUGUCGACGAGAUUCUUGAGCAAGAGCGUCAGCAGGAAAUGGAUCGCGAGGCAUUCGAGAAGGAGAUGGACAUGAUCUAUCAGGAAAAUGAGAACGAAGCUGGCCCAAGCUCGCUUGAGCCCACCCAGGCAUCUGCGCCAGCCCGCUUACCUAGCUUCAACAACGCCCUGGACCUGGAGUCGGCUCAGGCUAUUCAUGAGUCGAACUCGUCACCAUCCUCAUCGUCGUCGUCGUCGUCGAGCUCUGGAGUCGUCAACGAGCCAGAAUCCGACCCAAGGGUCACAAAUAACCCUGAACACCAGCGGGAUCUGUCUGGAUAUGGCCAAGACAACUGGAAGUCGGCAGAGCAGUCAGGCCUGGAUGCUGGGCGUGACUCCGUCGUGGUCAAUGGUCGAGAGGUCCUGGUUCGCCAUAUUGGCUCCGAGGGUAAGGGGACGCUGCAGGCGCCAAAGGAGCCUCAUGUCGCAAGCCCAGCGCCCGAACAUAAAUCUCUGGACCAUAUUGAUGCUGGAUCGGAAUUACUCCCACCCAUGCCUCCAUUUGACCGACGCACCACAGACCAGUUGGGGCUGCCUCGCGCUGUACAACUGCCAUCACUCCCAGUAGUUGACGAUACCGACAUUGGCGGGCCUCCUGUUCAGGUUGAUUCUGCAGGAAACGCAGUUGCUGGUGUGGUUCAUCCAAUGGCUGCCGAUAUUAAACUCGCCCACAUUGACAAAGACUGUAUGCGCGACCCAGUGAAUCACACAUUUUUUGAAGAUAUCUGGAACAGGUGUGCCGCCAACAAUACGAAACUCUACCGUAGAGUGUUCCGAUGUAUGCCCGACUCCGAAGUUCUCACUUGGGCCGAAUACCAGGAGUAUGACGAGUAUGGCAAAAGAUUCUAUGCCAGCAUGGAUGGACGACCUAAGAGUAAGGAUCCAGACUCAAAAUCGGAUCACUCUCAUGCGCCAACAUCAGCUGGCCUUGGUAUCGGCGCACCUGGACCUGAAGCAAUUGUGAAAGCUGUUGAGGAACAAGCUGCUAAGGUGGCACACAAGGUUGCUGAGAAAGCCAACAUUGGUUCUCAAGACGACGAGAGACCUCGAAUUAUCAUACCUGGGGUGGAGACGGGUGAGAUGAGCGAGAAGCAGGUAACUUCUGAUGGCCCAAGUGUUGAGAGGACCUCAACGGGAGCAUCGUUGGAGCAUAAGACCCCGGCGGAGAAGCUGGCCCGCGAGCAUGAGACGUCCUCUCCGGUCUCUUCUCGGGGAGACACACCUUUCCCUCCCGUGGACAGUGCUCAUGCGAAGUUCUUGGAGCCCGAGAAGAAGCGAGAGCGCAGAACCACGUUCUCUACACUAGAAAAGCCGAGUUCGAAAGAUCUUAACAACGGUUCGCCGGUACCAGUUGGCUCUGUUAAACGCCGUCGUAGAGCGACGACGAAGGGUAGCCGACGAGGCUUCACUAUUGAUGAUAUGCCCACUCGCGCUGAGGCGGAAGAACUGAUGAAACUGACCCAAGGCCAUCUCGUGCAGUUCCCGUACGAUUGGCUAUUGACUGAGGAGGCGAAUGGUAACUGGGGCUACCAGGUGGACGGUGUCGCUCCUCUUUCCAUCUAG